GGGCAGGGCAUCUAGAAGCGGUCACAAUAUAAAUCCUGUAAGAACUGCAAUUGUCAAUACGCUUUGAGCUACCCCACCAAGACAGCUACAUUGUCAAUGUGUGUGAUGAUGGGAAUGGCGCAUAGCAAUCGCUGCGCUCUUAUCAUUUCAAACUAACCUGAGGAUGUAUUGGAAGCAGAGUGAGCGACUCCAACCCUGAUUUGAAGUUGGAUAGCCUACAUGAAUCACUCGAAUUUAAUAACAGAAACGAUGACUGAAGGAAACAACAGCAGUGUAGGCCUACUGAAUCGGUCCUUGACGGAUCUGGACCGGUUCAGUAGCCUAGAGGACAUCGACGUGACAGCGGACGGGACUCCGAUUUUGAGGGUGUUCAUCUGCGUCGUUUACUCGGUGGUGUGCGCUGUGGGCUUGGUGGGCAACUUACUGGUGCUGUUCUUUAUCAGAGUGAAACAAGAGCGGAAAAAAUCCAGAAUCAACUUCUUUGUACUUAACUUGGCAGUGACGGACUUCCAGUUUGUAUUGACUCUGCCGUUCUGGGCAGUGGACACCGCACUUGACUUCAGCUGGCCGUUUGGAGACGCCAUGUGCAAAAUCAUCAGCUCCGUCACGGUUAUGAACAUGUACGCGAGCGUGUUCUUUCUGACUGCAAUGAGCGUCACCCGAUACUGGUCCGUCGCCUCCUCUCUAAAGGACCGAACUAGGCAAAAGUCCUGCUCUGCCAAAUGGAUUAGCGUGGUUCUUUGGGUAUCCGCAACAAUUGCGACUGCACCAACAUCCAUAUUCUCAACCGUGACAAAUGUAGCGGGGGAAAAACUAUGUUUGCUUAAGUUCCCUGAUGGACAAUAUUGGUUAGCAGUUUAUCACCUUCAGAAAAUUAUAUUUGCAUUUGUUUUACCCAUGGCCAUUGUUUCAGUCAGCUACAUCAUGCUUUUGCGAUUCAUCCGCAACCGUAGUAUGAAAACAAACACCAAACGGACAUCACAAGUCACCAAAUCUGUCACCAUCGUCGUCCUCUCCUUCUUUCUUUGCUGGAUGCCAAAUCACGCCAUCACAUUCUGGGGCGUCCUUGUGAAAUUGAAUGCUGUGCAUUGGGAUAAAUCUUACUACAUAGUUCACACUUACGUAUUUCCUGUGACAGUCUGCCUUGCACACGCCAAUAGCUGUCUAAACCCUGUAAUUUAUUGCCUAAUGAGAGAAGAGUUUAGAAAGAAACUGAAAGAUUUGUUAUAUGGCCGAUAGUCACUUUACGCAUUGGAAGAAUCGGUUGCCGUUGCCAUUACGCACGCGCUCCCUGUUGCAUAAUGUACCCUAUAGGGCGCACGACAUGGGUGUACUGUAAUAGGCGAAUGCAGUAUGUUCUGUUGGUGGAAAAAAAAUCACAAAACUGGCAUGGACAAGCACUAAAACAAACGGUCACAAUGAUACAAUGAUAAUGGCUACCAAAAUUGUGCAUGAGGCAAUUCUGCCUCUUAUGGUUCCUCCUAUCCAUGUGCUGUUCUAUUCCCGGAAAGUUAUCAUUAAACGAUAGAGAAACCGCCCGGACAGUCAUCAUUAAACGAUAGAGAAACCGCCCGGACAGUCAUCAUUAAACAAUAGAGAAACCGCCCGGACUGUCAUCUUUAAACGUUAGAGAAACCGCCCGGACAGUCAUCAUUAAACGAUAGAGAGCCGCCCGGACAGUCAUCA